GUCGGUUUUACAACUACAACUACCCCACAUUUAAUCUAUCUUACUAACCGGCAGCAUUCCCGCGGUAGCAUUUGAACUGCGAUGACAGACAAUCGUCACGCGUACUUCAUCCGCUGCAUAUCCGCAAUCUCAGGAAUAGGUCCUAAUCCCGUAUUUGACAGCCUUGAUCCACUUGCAGCUUUUUUGGAUGAUCCCUCAUGUACUGUACUUCGAGCCUGGGUGCGCGAAAAUGGAACGGUCCUUUUGUCGACGCUCUUAACAACAGAGGAAGCAGUAGCAUCAACGACGGCUUAUCUACAAAACGUUUUAUAUUGUUCAGUGAAUUUUUAAUAAACAAAGAUCCCGAAUGAGAAAGCAUGCCUAGGUUGCAUUCGUUAAGCGUCUAGCUGUGUCUCUAAACGCGAACAACUUGACUUCAGCCGUAUUGCCGUGCGUGUCGGUGUUUGAGUAGCUAAAAAACCAUUUUUAAAUUUCAAAGCCUCGUUUCAGACUCUCACUUGGACGUUUUGGAGCAGCAGUCUCACUGCAUGAGGUACUAAAAGAACUGUAUUGCCCGAUUCUCUUGUGCGCCGAGGACCCGGAAUGCAUUCCUCAAAGCGCAAAAGGUCUACUUUUUAGACUUGAGCACUCUUUGGGCUCCUUCACUGGCCUUCAGAAUGACAACCCAGAGGCGCCGAACUGUGUGUGAAUAUCGUUUUUAGAAAAAACGUCAACAUUCUACUAACUAGAUGUCUCCCUCCCUUGAGUCCUUUGUCAACAUCAAGUCGGUGAUUGACGAAAUUGACCUUUGGAACAAUACGCGAUCAUCAAUGGGCUUCGAUGGUGAUCUUAUUCAUAGCGUUGCUAGUGCGCUUGAGCCAUUGCGGAAGUGGUUCGACACUUUGGAAAUGCCCCCGUGGUCGCAAGCAGGUGAGUUUAUAGACCAGGUUAUGGACAGCCUAGAUCGCAUCUGGAAAGCGGAGGGUCGUGGAUCACAAGUGUAAUGCCCCAGUCCCUAAUCAUGAGUUUACCAUAUGCACCAACAGGUACCCCGAAAGCCGCAUGCGCCAUCUCCUGGAUAUCAUGAGCAGUACCGUGGGUCAAAGUGUGCAGCGUGAGCUUAGGGCCAUCGGCAUCUGGGAAGAAGGAUUUGCAAAGGUCCGGCCAGAACUAAUUUCAGGUCUUCGUCUGUGCGAGAGCUGGUGCAAGGCAUGCGAAGAGUUGAUAUUCCUCUGGAAGGACAAUACCGAAGGGCGCUCUUGGGUUGGCUUUGACUAUAAAGAUGAAUUUGUGUUGCUAUUAGGACACCGGCUACAAGAAAUACUCACACUCCGUCAAACGCGCGAAGAGUUAAGUCGUCUACUUAGUGGAGAUUUUGACACGGAGAAUGAUCAGAAGCAGAUGCAAAAUGCUCGCAGUGCAACUUUGGUAGGCUCGCUGGGCAAGUAUUUUGCUGGGAUAGACCCUCUGCUGUGCAGUCACCACACCGACUCUGCCUGGUCUUCAUUUCAGAGCGACGAUGCAGUCAAAGAACUUUUGAAGUUCAAGUAUGAUGUACUUAGGCAUAGAGCUGUGGAGAAAUAUGAAAAAUCGCUAGCUCCAUUGGAUUUCCAGAUUGCAGCUAAUUUUAGGCAGAUGAUCUCGCCAUUGCAUGAGACCCCACUCCCUCUCCUGCACGAACUUCGGCAAUUUAAACAUUUGCUUUCGAGAUGCAACAUUCGCAGAGCACUUGUCAGUGAACGGGAAGCCCUGCUUCACCAGCUGGUCGAUAUGAUCGAAAAUAUGGGAGAAAACUUUCAUGUAUUAAUUCAUGACGCAAUUUGGCUGUGCGUUUUACAUGUCCAGAUCUAAUGUUGUUACAUUAGGCGACCAGUGGGCUGGAAAAAUAUUCUUGCCUAUUGGGCAAGCAUGUCAGUGGGAUUUUACGUGCCAGGCAAAUUUCCUUCCACAUUCAAGAUCUUUCUGAGGGGAAUGCGCAACUCUUUGGAGACCUUGAGCACGCCAAAGUGCUACUGAGUCUAGGUAGCGAGUUGCAAUCUAGAUGUCGGAAGACAGAGCAUGAGCUCUUGGGCGAAUGGAUUGCAGAGGUCAAGAAUGAAUUGACAAGUAGCGAGGCUGGCAUGUGCACGAAGGGCAAGCUGAUGGAAAUUUCUCAGGAGGGCUUACUUAUUGUCAACUACUCUUCACGUCUCGUCCAACUACUCCGAGAAGUCAGGCAGUUGACUGAACUAGGUGUGACUGUCCCAGAUAGCAUUAAACAAGCCGCCAAAGAUGGUGAGCAAUACUAUCGAUUUGGAGUCGUGCUAAAAAAAGUGGCUUCUUUUUUCAAUAGUAUGGAUACACAGAUACUUAAGACUCAACGCCCAAUGCUGUUGAAUGCCCUCAUGGCAUUUGAGGAAAUUGUCGAGAAACGCAACACUCAUGGAGGGGUCAUCGAGUGGAGGACACCAACAGAGUAUGAACGCUACGUUGAGCGGCUCCAGCAAGCAGCAACUAAGCUCGCACAUGAAAACCGCCAGCUUCGGCACAUUCAUCAUGAGCUUUCUACCAGUGUGGUGCUGCUCAUGGACAUUGACAUGCUUAAGCACCGGAGCAAAUGGAAGCAGCAUUGGCUAGAGAUUGUGGGCAGGAUAAAUGUUCUUUCAGACCGAUACCCUCAGGAUCGAAUGCGCAAGUGGGUGAUACACUGGGACCAUCAGGUCUACAAAGUGCUGGAGGCUGCAUAUUGUACUGGCUUGGAAACCCUCAAUGAAUCCCUUCAGCUCCCAGAGAGUUUAAAAGUUGAGCUUGGCUUCUUCUCUAGUUCAGAGCAGAUGCCCCUUCAACUUAAGCCUAGUGUUGAGGAGAUCCGCUCAAUCUAUUACCAUGAGCUAAAGAAGUUUGUAUCAGCUCCCAGUGCAUUUAAAGGGCUUAAUGGUAGCAACGAAGUCCCUAUACGGUGCCUUGAUAUCGAAUUCCUGCCCCCAGAUUACAAAAUAAAAAAAUAGGUUUACACCAAAAUGGCAGGAUCGAAUACUCAAUCACUAGUUCGCGUCUACAUCAAGGCGGAGUUGUUGUUUGUUGAACUUUGUAAUCUGCUGGAGCAAUAUGAGUCUUGGAGUAGUCUAUGUGCCACGGCGGACCUCGAUGCUGUGGUUGAGCUAUGUUGCAGCUCACCAACUUUGUUCGAAACAAACUUCAGAGCGCUCCGGGACAAGCGCCGAGCAGCAGAGAGACUACCUGACUUCAUAAAGGUUGAUUGUAUAUGUGUGAGCCUGGGACCUCUGAAACUAAGUCUUGAAGACAAUUUUCAACGUGCCUACGAGACCCUGCUGCUGGUCCUUAAGAGAACCAUGACCAAUGAUAUAAACGAGGUAACACAUUUGAUUACUGAUUUCGCUCCAUUGUAUAUUACCAAUAGGUCAAAGCAUACCUAACAGAGUCCACAGAAAUGCUUUCCUCACGACCCCAGUCUGUUGAAGACAUCACCAUCGCUCAAAAGAACUGGCGAGAGAUUGAUGGUCGUCGAGAUAACAUGCAAGCAAAGAGCAAGGGGCUCUUGGACCUUGGAUCAAUUCUCGGUCUGCAUGCAACUGGGACUCACACUGACACUGCCAGCCUUUCUGGUAAAGCAAGCAGUCUUUCAGCUCGCUGGACCGCAUUCACUGAUCAAAUGGAAGCCUUCAAUGAGAUGAUUGAGAUCCAAAAGGGCACACUCAAAGCUCGACUUGAGGAAAACGUGAUCGAACAAAAUCAAGCCAUAGAUAAAUUCGCGGAGCGGUGGCGGGCACUUAAACCUUCAGGUCUUGAACUUUGGGAUCUUGAUAAUGUCCGUAAAACCUUUGAUGACCUCAACGAGCCAACUUGCCGCGUCCUCAAGAGACAGAUUGAUUACUUUUGAUAACUUUUUGUUUGGUACUAGGUGGAAAGCCCAAUUGCAAGAUUUCAAAGAUCGAGCUGAUGAGCUAGUAGAGCAUUUUGUCAGCUUCAAUAUGCCGGUGCCGCCACGAUUUGAUGGGCUUUCGGUGAUUGAAUUAGAGAUCACAAUGUCAUCAACUUCUUGGUCCCUGCUAAGGGAUUACCUCAGUGAACUUGAUUUGCUUGAAAAACAGGACUGGAUCAGUUUCCGGGGCAAUAUGCAUCUGCUACAUGACUUGGCAAUGAGUUGGAGCGACAAGGUCAAAGAGAGAAUUGUUGCUGGGCAGGCGGAUGCUGUCAUGUUGCACCUCUCAUCACAAUUAGAACGCAUUAAGGCUGCAGCAACCACUCUAAAGUACUGUCACGGGAAAGAUUUUAAGGAUGAGCACUGGAGUGCCUUGCUUCAGGGUAAGCUUGGUCUCGGGAAGGAAAUUAGGCUGGAGUCACUGACCGUUGGCCACUUUGUGGCUGCCUUGGACAAAGUUUUAGAACCAGCUCUUCUUGUAUUUGUCAAGGAGCUUCAGGCUCAAGCACAAGGUGAAGUCCUGGUCCGUGACGCACUCCAAGAGCUCUCCGUGUGGUCGCAGACCGCUGAAUUAAGUCUUGUGGAGUACAAGGAGCAGGGCAGGAAGACUAUGCUCGUCAAAGACUGGGGAAGAAUGUUCUUGGAUUUGGGCGACAAGCAAUCUCUACUCUCUUCUCUGAAAGAGUCCCAAUUCUAUCGUGCUUUUGAAAGCAUCGGUAAGUGGAGCAACAUAGCAUAUGCCAUACCCCACACUAUUGCUAAUUCAGGCGCAAGUUACGAGACUAAAAUGUCCAAUCUUGACUUCGUUCUCCAUGCGCUUAACACGGUACAGAGGAAAUGGGUUUACCUUGAGCCUAUAUUUGCCCGAGGAGGCCUUCCAAAUGAGAGUAAGCGUUUUCGGGGCGUGGAUGAGGACUUCCGAGAGAUAAUGUGCCUUGUAGAAGUAGAUCAAAAAUUGUUUUCAACUGCGUUUCUUGAAUGGGCUUUGUGGUUUCAUGCGUCCAUCAUUCGUGCCUCUCAGGUUCAAUCUGGUUGACCCACACGUGCAUCAUGACAUCAAAAGAACCUUGCAGACAAUGCUGGAACAGCUUGAAUGGUGUCAAAAGGCACUGUGCAAUUUCUUGGAAGAAAAAAGGGCUAAAUUCCCACGAUUUUACUUUAUCGGGGAUGAUGAUCUCCUGGAGAUUCUGGGACAGGCCCAGAAUCCGGCAGUGAUUCAAGCGCAUUUAAAAAAACUGUUCCAGGGUACAACUACAGUACGGUUCAAUAAAACAAUGACAAAAAUCCAGAGCAUGGUCUCGGCAGCCGGUGAGGUAGUUGACCUGGAUCAUGCUGUGGCAACCUCUGACCGGGUCGAGGACUGGCUCUCGGCCUUUGCCGACGAGAUGAAAUCCACUCUUGCUUCGCUACUGGCUUCCUACUUACUAUCAUUGACGAAGACAGGCGAAGUAAACUUUGAAAUGUACCCUUCGCAAGUCAUGUGCAUCGGAGAAUUGGUGCAGUUUACCGACAGUGUUGAGUCAUCUAUUGGGAACGGUUUCACUGAUUUGCUUAUCAAGGUCAAGUCUCAACUUGCAGCUCUUACAAAUCAGGACUUAUCGGCAAUGCCAGUGGUGCAGAUUAAAGUCAAAGCCCUUGUUAUGGAUCUAGUACAUAACUUGGGUAUUUUAGAACAUCUGGAUUCCGCCAGAUGCUGUCACGUGCACGACUGGGCUUGGCGCAAGCAGCUGCGAUAUUACGUGAGAAAUAUGAAAUAUAUUGCAGCAAAUGUCUGUAUGUCAGAUGGCGCCUUUUUGUACACCUAUGAAUAUCAAGGAAAUGCAGCGAAACUUGUUCACACACCAUUGACAGAUAGAUGCUACCUAACAUUAGUACAGGGAAUGCACAUGGGUUUUGGCGGCAACCCGUACGGUCCAGCUGGCACCGGAAAGACCGAAUCUGUUAAGGCUCUUGGUAAUGCCUUUGGUAGGCAGGUCUUGGUGUUCAAUUGUUUCGAUGAGUCACACCAACUUCUGACAAAUAGAGGCUUUAUGUUUCUCAAUGAGAUUGAGGCACUUCAUAGCUCGGGCUUGCUCUUUGCAACCUACGAAUGGUCAUCCAAGAAGCUGCUAUAUGCGGGUUUGACCCACCUCGUAAAGACAAGGGACACAAAUAGGGAGAUGGUUGAGUUCAUAUGUCCCAACGAGGCCAGUAGCUCCUCUGGCGAGGAAUGGUGGGGAAAUGGCAUAUCUCUUGUGGUUACCCCGGAUCACAACAUGGUAGUGCAAGAUAGUUUGCUGGAGAGGGAGACUCUUCGUGCAGAGCCCUUUGCUUCAAGAAUGCAGCAGCCAGAAUGGUACAUGAAGAAAAGUGCUGUUGAAUUGUCCAGAAGUCACACUCGCCUUCAAUUUCUGACUUGCGCGCGGGAGGGCAUCGAUGUGCCAAAGAACUCAUCAUUGGCACAGUAUAUUGAUGCAAAACUUAAGUCACUUCGCAUCGACCCUAGAAAGGAAAACCGGGUGGUGGCAUUCCUGGAGUUCUAUGGCUUCUGGCACGAUAAUAGUUUCGUCAUUUUCCGUGAGAACAAAAAGGCAUGUGCUCUCUGUAGCUACGCAUGUAAGCAGACCGAAAUGGAAUUCCUAAAAAAACGGUUAACGCUUCUGGGGGUAGCAUUUCAUAUCAUUGUGAUUGGCAGAGGAUGGCACAUAUAUAUUGAUGACUUGCACUAUUUGUCCUGCUUUGUCGUCAAGCUUGGGCGAUGUUGCCAGCAAAACCAAAUUGUUGGGCACUGUCAAGUGACCGACUCGGGCGAACUUUCCCAGGUCGAGCAAAAUAAGACAUUAAGAACUUUUAGCAAAUACACUGAUAUGAAAGCCUGCGCAUGCAGAACCUCUGAUGGAGAUGACGCGCGAUGUAUUGGUGUAUAUUUUAGCCUUUUUGUUGGUGAUGUCCACUGCAGUCAAGUGCGUCUGAUAUUCUCCCGAUGCCAACUGCCAAGCGACCUGGAAGGCCAGAUGUUGGGCCUGGUAGGACAGUCACUACAAGAUCUAAUGCCUAAAUACAUUUCAAUGCCUUUGGUAUGCUACCCUUUUGCUAUUCGAACUCGGGGGUGGAAUAACUUCUCUAGGAUGGCCUCAUUUUUAUCAAACGAGGAUGCGGAGCCGUCACAACGGCUAUUAAUCAAUGUGAACAAUACCCAGACCUGUGCUUAUAACAGAGAAAGAUUUGUAGAAAAAACAACCAAUAAGCCUGGCGAAAUUCGCCCUGGACUGUUGUUAAGGCAGCUGCCCUGCUGGGUCUUUCACCUCACAAGAUCAAAAGCAAGAGCAGUCCUGACCGGCAUCUGCGUCGCCUACGGCCAUCAUUGUGGGACUCAAAGUAGUAUCCAAGUCGUCGGAGAUAGGAUUCGUGAUCAACUCGUGUGUCUUGCCUUGCAUGCCGGGUGGUCAACGCAUUUCACUUAUGAUGGCUGCAACAGCCGUGAGUCCCACCCACCAAGUUCAGAUACCUGGUGUGUCGUUUAUCUCACAGAUAUGUGUUGUUUGGAUGCAACAAUUCACACCAGAAGUAGUGAACACUCACUUACAACAAUUGAUCACGCACGCAGGAACGGAUUGGCAAUUCCAUCAAAGGUACGAACCAUCAAAUAUACAGGGCAAACGUGGUGUGUUAAUGUUCCAAAAUAUCAUUUUGUAGUUGUGCGUCGAGCACGAAGAGAUGCCCAAGGACGAGUAGUUCUGGCCUCAGUGCCAACGAUUCAAGGAAACUGCGAUGAAGGCAUCGACUUUCAUAGCAUGGGGCGCAUCUUCAUAGGCUUGGUGAAAUGUGGUGCCUGGGGAUGCUUUGAUGAAUUCAACCGGCUGAAGGAAGACCAACUCAGCGCAAUUUCACAGCAGAUCCAAGUAAUCCAGGACGCGAUUAAGGCACGCGCGCCCGUCUUGAGUCUGGUGGGCAGAGAAAUAAAUGUCGAUUUCAAUGCUGGCAUAUUUGUGACUUUGAAUCCUGCCGGUAAGGACUAUGGGGGACGAUCCCAGAUUCCUGAUAACCUUAAGGCCCUUUUUCGUCCCGUUGCCAUGGGUCGACCGGACAAUGAAUUGAUCGCCGAAGUUUAUUUACAGACAGAGGGAUUCACUCAGGCACGUGGCCUUUCAAAAAAAAUAGUGUCCCUAUUUAUGCUAAGCAAGCAAUUAUUGAGCCGGCAGCGCCAUUAUGACUGGGGCCUGAGAGCAUUAAAAGCUGUUUUGAAUACUGGAGGCAAACUUCUGGUACAAGCACGAGGAGAAGCGCAGGUGAGUGUCGGGAUGGAAGCAGAGCUGCUCAUCAAAGCAGUGCGCAUAAAUACACUUUCGAAGCUUACAUUCAGCGACACAUCUUGCUUUCUAGCAUUGAUUGGGGACAUAUUUCCUGGUGCGGAAUCAAGCGAUGUGGCUGGUGGGGAGUUGGAAGUAGCAAUCCGGAAGGUUAUGCAGAGCAAGCCUUUUUCCUUGACUCUAGACGAAACACAGAUUUGCAAGAUGCUGCAGCUCAAGGAGGCCCUGGACCAGCGAAUGGGUUGUGUUGUGGUUGGUCCUUCUGGAUGCGGCAAGUCAACAGUCUGGCGUGUCCUCAAGGCGGCCUUGAUUGAAGGUGGUCAGGCUGUUCAAGUACAUGUGAUGAAUCCCAAAAGUAUGCCAAGACAGCAACUUCUUGGCGAGAUGGACAUGGACACCCGUGAGUGGACUGAUGGCGUACUGACAGACGCAGCGCGCAAUGUAGUCAAGGCACCAGCUGAGGUGCGUUCCUGGAUUGUCUGCGACGGAGAUGUUGACCCAGAAUGGAUCGAGUCUCUAAACUCGGUUCUCGAUGACAACCACUUGCUGACACUGCCCAGUGGCGAAAGAAUUUCCUUCGGUGGCAAUGUAAAUUUCCUCUUCGAGACACAUGACCUUCGUUUUGCGUCUCCUGCAACAAUAAGUAGGAUGGGAAUGAUAUUCCUCGCCGAUGAAGACACCAAUAAAAAACGACUCGUUUCAAAGUGGCUGUUGAGUCAAGAUAAUGCCAACCGUAGUCAUCUUGCAGGUUGGCUUGAAGACAUCUUUUACAAAGCGCUGGACUAUCUUGUACGCAUGCGCUCUUUUGUUGUAGAAACAACACUUGUAGGCACGAUUUUGAAUGGGCUGUCGUCCAUCUCAGGAGUAUCCACCAAGCUUUCAUUUGUAGUCGGACUCAUCCGGGGUCUCGGCGGCAAUCUCUCAGCCUCAGAUCGAUCUUGUUUUGCAAAAGAAGUGUUUGCCUGGGCCAGAGAACGCCCACCUGACCACAGCGCUCCACUAGACUGUGAUGUUGACAUUUCAGGUGAGAAGUUAUUUAGUUACAGUUCACAAUUUGGAGAUGUUUCCGAGGAUGCGGGUAAGGAGCCGAAUUCGAAGGAGCAGACUCUGAAAAGUGUAAUUGAGACGCCUUUAACCCAACGAACCAUGGCUCAACUGAAGCCAUGGAUUGAGGCUGCUGAGCCAUUUAUCAUAGUGGGGAAUGAAGGCUGCGGCAAGGAACUUAUGAUUCGACACGCUUUUGCGCAGCGGCGCAAAUUUGUUGUCACAAUAAUCAAUUGCUCUGCUCAGACCAAGGUCGCGCAUAUAAUUGCUAAGAUUCAGCAGUGCUGUAGCUUGUUCUCUGCCUCAGAUGGGCGUGUGUACCGUCCACGUGAUUGCGAACGACUCAUUCUUUAUCUGAAAAAUCUCAAUCUACCCAAACCGGAUAUAUACGGUACCUGUAUGCUGGUUGCUUUCCUUCAACAACUUGUAACCUUCGGGGGGUUUUACGAUGCAAACCUGGAGUUUCUCCGCAUAGAGGGGGUCCAAAUUGUUGCAUCAAUAAACCCAGCAACGACAAUUGGCAGACACCCGCUCAGCACGAGAUUCACGGCAAUAGUCCGGAUAUACUACCUUGACUACCCUGAGACACACGAACUUUCGACUAUCUAUGAGAAGUUAUUAGUGAUAGCAUUCAGGCGAGUCAUUGCUGAGGGAGGAGCAGAAGUUGCUUCAAAUUUGGCAAAGUUUAUGAAGCUGGAGGAACGCACUAAGCUAGCGACGACUCUUGUUGAGAUAUAUGAAAAGAUCAAGGCAACAUUUCUGGUCGACGAUGCAAGGCAUUACCUAUUUACGCCACGGGAUUUGUCUGCGUGGGUAAAGAAUCUCUCCCAGUACGACCUUGGCGGUGAGGACCUCCUUGAUGUAAUUUCGUAUGAGGGAUCCAGGAUAUUCAGAGACCGCAUGGUUGACGAGGAGAGUGAAACAAAACUGGAUAGUAUUGUACGCACUAUCCUUCGGUCUAAAUUUCAUUUUGUUCCCUCGCUGACCGAUAUACAUUUUACAACAAUGGGCUUGGCAGCCAUUGGUGGUCACACUAAAUACUCCAAGCAGCAGCGGUCUGAAUCUAGUGGCACUGAUAGUCUGAACACGCCAUUGCUUGUGCGCACCACUCGAACGGAAUUUCAGUCCUAUGUGCAAAAAGGAAUUGAACACUACGAGCGCGAGACUGCUGAGCUUAACAUGCUUUUAUUUCCCCAGAUUCUCGAGCAUAUAUCUCGAGUAGAUCGCGUCAUCUCUAGUCCUGGCGGCAACCUGCUGCUCAUUGGACGAAGCGGAGUUGGGCGUCGAACGGCAGUCAAGAUCGUAUCACAUAUGCAUGGUUUUGGUUUCCACAACCCAUCGCUGACCCGCUCCGCUGGUGAGGAUGCUAUAAGGCAUUUCCGAUCUGAGCUGAAACCAGUGUUUCAUAGCGUUGCAACAGAAAGGGGUCACUCUAUUCUAUAUUUAGAAGACCACCACUUUACCUGUGAGGCUGUUCUCGAAAUUGUCAAUUCUAUGCUCUCAUCUGGCGAAGUCCCAGGACUAUUCAGCAAUGAGGAGCUCGAGACCCUUUAUGCUUCCAUGCGCGAAGCAAUGAUGGACGAGGGGACAGAAGUAAAUCCUUACGACUAUUUCAUUCAACAAAUACGCCAAUCUAUCCAUCUUUGCGUGGCAAUGGACCCGACUAGCAAAAAUUUUGACAUUCGCUGUGAAUCUAAUCCCGCCCUUUUCACGAGAUGUACAAUUCUCUGGAUGGGCAAAUGGAGCAGAUCUAGUAUGCGAUCCGUGCCAGCUAUGAUUGAUGGAGUUAAAUCACUCCUCUUGGCGGGCAGUUCACCUGAUGCCACAGCAGUCCAAAGACUCGACUCAAAAAUGAGCAUGCAAGGUGGUAAAACAGCAAGCAAGGAUGACGACGAGGAUGUGGCCAUGGAAGAACGGCCUGGCGCAAAAAAUGACAGAGAUGAAAAUCUUCUGGAGGCAUUGAUAAGAAUCCACGAAUCUGCGGAUCUAGCAUCUCCACGUGAAUUUAUGGUUUUCCUUGAGAACUGGAAAGUACUUUACAGCCAAAUGCAAGUCGGCAUUCAGACCAAGUUGAAGCACCUGCAGGCAGGAUUGAAAAAACUUGGCGAAGCAUCGAUGACCGUGGACUCACUCUCGAAUGAUGCAGAACUGGAACAGGAAAAGCUCCAAGAUGCCCAAAGAGGUGCGGAUGAGGCCAUGGAGAUGAUAACAAAAACGCUUUCUGAAGCAACAAGCCGUCGUGCUGAGGUGCAUGAGCUGCAAAGGGAAGUCAAGGAGAAAGAGGAACAUACUAUGAAUCGUCAGGGAGAAAUAAAAAAUGAAUUAAGCUCAAUUCAACCUGUGUUAGAAACAGCCAAGGCGGCAGUUGGACAGAUAAAGGCUGAGCAUCUGAAUGAGAUACGAUCACUAAAAAUGCCGCCAGAACCGAUUGCAGAUGUACUUGGCGCGGUACUGAAACUCUUGGGUAUAUCAGAUGUUUCUUGGACUUCAAUGAAAAAGUUUCUUGGAAAUCGUGGCGUCAAAGAUGAAAUAUUAAACUACGACGCACGUCGCAUAGGAGGUGAGAUGCGGAAAGAUGUAGCUCGCCUGCUGAAGCAAAAGGCAUCAUCCUUCGAUCAGGCAGCUAUUACUCGUGUGAGUGUGGCAGCAGCUCCGCUAGCAGCAUGGGUUAAGGCAAAUAUUCGUUACAGUGUAGUGCUAGAAAAAAUCCGGCCGCUUGAGAGUGAGUUGUCACAAGCCGAAGAUUCUCUGGCAAAGUGCAAUCAUCGUCUACAGAGAUGUGAGGAGGAAAUUUUGUCGAUAGAUAAUCGAGUGACAGCUUUGAAAUCCAAGUUUGGAGAACACACCCGCGAAGCUGAGAAACUCCGGGCACGAUUAAUGAUGGCAGAGGGGACACUGGCCAAAGCGCAAAAUCUCUUAGCCAAGCUUUCCGAUGAACACGCACGAUGGCAGGACCAGGUCAAAGAAUUGAGGCUAGAGUUGGCGGCUCUUCCGCGUCAGCUGCUUUUGGCUGCAGGUUUUCUUACAUAUCUGCCACGUUGCCCCGAGGACGCGCGUGAGGCGGCGACAGAUGCCUGGAAAUUGCAUGUUGAAGUUGCAAACUUUUCAUUCAAGCAUCUCCUAUCAACAGAGUCGCAACUCCUUGCCUGGAAGCAGCUAGGGCUUCCAGAUGACCCUCUUUCUCAAGAGAAUGCACUUGUCAUUGCGCAUAAUCCCCACAGCCGCGUGCCUUUUGUGAUUGACCCAGCUGAUGCGGCCAGAGGUUGGCUUCAGGCACACUAUGGUACGGAUCCAGCUAGACCAUUAGAAUCCAUCCAAUCAGCCGACACACGAUUCACAAAUCAGGUGGAACUGGCGGUACGUUUUGGCAAAACCCUCCUUGUCUUUGAUGUUGACACGCUGGAACCCAUGCUCUACCCCAUUGUACGGAAAGACAUUUUUAUGCAAGGUCCUCGCUCUGUUAUUUGUCUUGGUGGUAAAAUGCUCGACUACAACAAGAAUUUUCGUCUCGUCUUAGCAACGCGCAACCCACAACCAGAUCUUCCCCCUGACGCUACUGCUCUUUGUACUUUAAUCAACUUCACAGUAACUCGGUCUGGCCUUAGAGGUCAGCUCCUCGGCAUGUCUAUCCACCACGAACAGCCCGAACUGGAGAUCAAGAAAUCGCAGAUGCUCAAACAGGAGGAAGAUUACAAGAUCAGACUCGCGGCACUCGAAAAGACUCUGCUUGAAGCUCUUGCUACUGCGGAGGGUGAUCUUCUCGAAAAUUCACUGUUGAUUGAAUCUCUAUCGCAGACAAAGGAAGCGUCAUGGGAAAUUAAAAAUGCGCUCUCCGCAUCGGCACAGGCGUCGGUAGAACUGGACAAGCAACGCGAAGCAUAUAAAGGUCUGAGCAGUGACUGCUGUCAGCUCUUCUUCCUAGUGCGCAGCCUAGCUGCAAUCAAUAGCAUGUAUCAUUUUUCUCUUGCAUCAUUCCUGAGACUCUUUAGGAAAGGGCUCCUCCAGGGUAAAUCCAUCGACACAGACGCAACACUCGCGGAGCGCCUGCAGCAACUUACACCUCUCAUUGAGCGGCUUGUUUUCUUUUAUGUGAGUCGUGGCCUUUUCAAAGCUGACAGAUGUAUGUUUGCACUUCAUGUUGUUCACGGAAUGCACAAGAAACAUUUUCAGGCAGGAGAAUGGGAGCUGUUUGCCGGUCUCACUCCCACAAAAGAGGGAGUAUGUGACGGUCGUCCACUUGAUCUUCCUUGUUGGGCAGGGCACGAUCGAAUGGCAGCUUUCUCCAACAUGAGUACGCAACUUGGCGCGCUUGUCAGCGAGCUGGACCUUAAAAACACUACAAGGUGGAGCCACUGGGCAAAAUCCCCAGAGUGUGAGAGGGAAUUUCCAGCUGAAAUAAUGCGCAAAUGCACGCCGUUCCAGCGAGUUUUAAUUACACAAUGCUUCCGUCCGGAUAGGCUCACAACUGUUUUGCAUGCUUUUGCUUGUGAAAUCCUGCAGAUCUCCGCACUUGCGCCUCCAUCAUUGAAUUUUGACCAGCUCCACAAGCAGGAAACCGAGGCCAAUCUGCCAAUUCUUCUCAUCACAACAGCCGGUGCCGAUCCGAGCAAAGAACUGGCUGAUUUUUCAGCCACUGUCGUUGGCAGGAAUCGAUUCAAAUCCUUAGCAAUGGGUGGAGGUACGCAUGAUUUGGCAAUGUCACUUUUGAGAGAGACGAGCUCUGAAGGGGAUUGGCUUUGCCUGCAGAACUUGCACCUAGUUGUUGCUUGGCUUCCUUUACUGGAAAAGGCACUUGCCGUAAUCAGUGCGCAUGAAGACUUUCGACUGUGGCUCACAACAGAACCCCAUACAGCCUUUCCGCACGUAUUACUUCAAAAAUCGCUCAAAGUGACUUUUGAGUCUCCUCCAGGAACCAAGAGAAAUAUGCAGAGGACACUGUCAAUCUGGGGUCGUGACUUUUUUGAUACUGGUGAAUGUCGACACCGCCCUCAGCUUUUAUUUUGCCUUGCAUGGUUACAUGCCAUCCUACAAGAGCGACGCACAUACGUCCCUCAGGGUUGGAGUAAGUUCUACGAGUUCUCAGUAGGAGAUCUUCGAGCUGGAGCCUUCGUUAUGGAUGCUGCGGCGGCAGCUGCUACCAAAUCCGGUGAACUCGACCUUGAUGUCGUCCAUGGUCUCAUAGAAGACGCGAUAUACGGUGGACGUAUUGACAACCUGCAUGAUGCACGUGUCCUAAAAGCAUACCUUCGCAGAAUAUUCACUCGAGAUGUUAUUGAGGGCCGGCUACCCCUUACCCCAGACUUGUUGGUUCCUAUUCCCUGCACAUACUCGGCCGCUGUUUCCGCGGUGUCUACUUUAAGCCCUCAGGACACCCCAGCAUUAUUUGGGCUUCCAAACAACAUCGAAAAAUCGUUACAGCGCACAGCAUCUUCACGCGUGAGUGACCAGCUUCGUCAGCUUUAUGUGGUUGGUAGUGAGUCCUUGCUGUUUGACCGUGAGAUUUGGCGCUCAAAGCUGGGGCCACUACUGGAACACUGGCAGCACUUGACAGCCAAGUAUCCAGCACUCAAUGCGAAAGCUUCUCUCGGGGCCUUGAACACUGUCGAACUGAAAAAUCCAAUUGCUGGCUUUGUUGCCACGGAGAUUCUAGCUGCAGAAAGCAUUCUCUUGCAUGUUUCAUCUCAGAUGGCUACUCUGAAAAAGGUAAUUUACGGCACAGCUCUCCUAACUCCAUUCAUCAAGACCACUGCGACAUGUCUGUUAAUGGGAAAUAUCCCAAGUACCUGGAGCAACCUGUGGGAUGGUCCAGAUAAGCCCACCACUUGGCUUGCGCUGCUCGUUCACAAGGCGUUUGGCAUCAAAUCCUGGUCACCAAAGGUACGCCUUAAGAUUCCUUUGUGCGGAUACUAAUAGAUUGCAUCUAGGUUCGUGAUGGCUCCCUGUUGAAGGACGAGCUGGACCUGAAUGACCUGUUUAGACCACUAACGUUCCUGAAUUCUUUGUGCCAACUGACUGCUCGCCAAGCACACUGUCCUAUGGAUGUUCUCAAUUUGGUGUCCGCUUGGUCAAAGAGCUCCAUUGUUUCAUCCACUUUGGUGAUCAUAAAAAGUCUCAUUAUGCAAGGUGCAGAAAUGAACGGCACGCAGCUUAAAGAGACUUCUAGAGAUGCUCCUGAGAUCGUUCCGUUGCCUCCUCUUGUCAUUGGGUAUUCUAAAGUGGCAUUGUCUGACAAAAUAAAUAGUCUCCAGUUGCCGGUCUACCAUGAUGCCACUCGCAGGCAAUUUCUUUUUGAAAUCCAGCUACCGAUCAAGGAAGAUGCCGACACGUGGAUCCUUUCUGGUGUUGCGAUUUUCCUCUCACAAGCUUGACGCCGACCAUACCUAAAUUCGCAGAACUCGGAGACCCACAUCUGGAGGCGUACAGCUCGUCCGAUGCUCGUUGCAUCAAAGCAAUUCGGACAUGGUCGUGAACCGCUGGGGCUGAGCUCCCUUGGACAUGGGAAGUGAGCGAGACUUGGUGCGUGUAAAAAGUACUUCUAGCCUGAGUGCCUCAUGAAUAAAUAGGCGUUCGGUCAAAACGGACCCGGCUUUGGAGCGGUAGCUUACCUUGCUAGACGACCUUGCUCCAAGCAAAGGCAGAAGAUUACUAGAAGUAAUCACUAAUCGAGGACGGGGGAUGCGAUGGAUCGGAUGCCAUUUGCAAACUCAAGGGAUAUAAGUCUGGGCCCGGGAGCAACGGCAGUUUCAACCCGGGCCCGCCAGUUCCCUCCCUUGAUAUACUAAGUUGUUUGGGAUUUUGUUCAAGUUACUGGUACGGGAAUCAUGAUAUUUGUCACCACGGUUACACCGGCGGAAUAAGGGAAGGUAAGGAGACCGUGACUGCCACUGGCCCGGGC